AUGGCGCGCGCGGACGCGACGCGAGACGGCGACGCGUCGGAUGCGAAGCGACGCGCGCUGCGCGACGCGUGCACGUCGAACGCGAUGCGCGCGAUGGACGAAAACGCGCACGAGAGCGCGCUGCGAUGGAUUUCUCUGGCGCUGGCGCGACACGAGAUGGACGACGGAGGCGCGAUGCGCGCGGCGGGAGGCACGAGCGAUGGAUGGCGACGAGACGCGAUCGAUUUCGUCGUCAAGGGGGACGCGCUGAUGGGGAGAGGAGACGUCAGGGGGGGGGCGGCGGCGUAUAGAAGCGCGCGAGCGCUCGCGAGACGAGUCGAACGCGCGAGAGAGACGACGAACGCGUGUGGAAAGUUCGAAUGCGUGGACGCGGAUGAGGUGUCGAUGAAAUUAGCGCGCGCGUUGGUGCGAAUCGGAGGCGCGGAGUCGCUGAAGGCGGCGAUGGCGUGCUUGGAGGAGACGCCGGCGGCGAAGCGAACGCUGGAGAAUAGACUGCUGGCGGCGAAAAUCGCGCGGAGCGAAGGGCACGAUCGAGCGGCGGUGAUGGCGUACAAAGAGGUGCUCGUGAAGUGGCCGUUCGCGAUCGAGGCCGUGGUCGCGCUGGCGGAGCUCGGGGUGAAGGCGGUGGAUACGCGACACGCGAUUCGCAAGGCGGCGGCGGACGCAGAGGCGGAGGGCGAAGAUUUUGCAGUUCUGGAGGCGUACACCACGGCGUACGGCGCGUUAGAGGCGGAAGAUUACGUGACCGCACAAAACGCUGUGGCGCAAAUGACGCGCGCGUUUCCAUAUGAUCCCUACGUGGCGGGCGUAAAAGCGCGCACGGACGCCGCCGAUGGCAGAGACGUCGACGCAGCGAUUCGCGAAUACGCCGCUAUACGCGCGAUGGAUCCACACUUCGUCGAAGGAAUGGACGAAUACGGAUUGAUUUUGUACGACUUUGGUGAGAAGCGCGCGUUGGAGGCGUUGAGCUCUGAGAUGUUACGAUUGACGCCUCACGCCGCGGAGUCGUGGACGUGCGUGGCGCUAUACUUUGACACCAAGCUCAGCGGUCGCGAGCAUCACAGCGGUCGCGAUGACGCCCUCGUCGCGGCGGAAAAGGCUGUACAAAUAAAUCCGCGCUCGCAUGUCGCACAUUUAGUGUUGGGAUCUCUUUAUCUCAAAGGUAACCGCUACAAGGCUGCCGUCCGCGCGUUUAAUCAGUGCAACGCCAUCAAGGUUUCGAUGAAGGCUUACCACGGAUUGGUCAAGUCGUAUCUUGCGUUGGGAUCGAUGGCGAACGCUAUGAUGUGUGCCAGACAGGCGCACAAGCGAAGUCCGCAAAACGCGGUCGCGUGGAGCUUGCUCGGGGACGUCCACGCGAAGAACAAGGACCAGUACGACAAGGCGAUCAAGGCGUACGAGCAGGCGCUCGCGUACAAUCCGCGCCUCGUGCGCGCCGUGAAAGCGCUCGCGGCGUUGAACAUCAGAAUAGGCAAAGUACACGUCGCUCGGGCGAUUUUGCAGCGACAGCUCGACGACUAUCAACCUUCGGAUGAGGAUGAACUCAUUCAGCUGUAUUGCCGCCUAGCGCAGGCAUUGAUGUUAUCACGGCAAACGGCGGAGAGCGUCAAGUAUUACACGCGCGCUUUGGCGAUUCGACCGGAUUGUGUCAUCGCUCAAAAGGCGUUGGAAAAGUUCGAGCAGACUAGGAACCCAGAAUUUGCGGCGACAAUGUCGGACGAUGAAGAUGAAGGCGAUGAGGCGAUGGAUGAAGACUUGCGAGACGACAUGUCUCGUGGAAGCGGCGGGGACUGGAUGGAACGCGAGGCGGCAUGA